GGACCCCAAGCUUUCUCUUACUUCAACAAGACAGUUCAUUCCAGCCAUACCUUCACUUGCAAGUCUAUUCAGCAGUUCCAAAUCACUCAAUUGGCUUUCAAGAAAGGAAUAAACGCGCAUUCACUGAAUUAUUUAUUGCAUAUUCCACACACGCAUAUACAUAAAAACACCCUACCGCUUCACACCAAAUGUCCGUGACAACCAACAGAGUAGCAUUAGCACCAAUCAAAGAUACUCAUUUGAACUCGAACUCGAAUUCCAGUUCCAGCACGCCAUUGAAGGAUAAGAAGAAAACACCAAUUCUAUUCAAUAUCAACAAACACACGUUUUCCGCAAGUGAGAUCAAGAGAAGAAGACAAGAUUUGUUCAUGAAAUCUUUAACCAUACCCAAUUCGGCAACUUCAUUAAACAAAAAGUAUUCUCCUUUACGAUCGCUCAGCUUUUCUGAUUCGAGAUCAACAUCGUCAACUAGUUCCUCCCCUACCGUUAAAGUUAGAGCCAACAAGAGUAUUAAAGCAAUCACUAAUGAUACUGCUGGUUUAGCUGCUACUAAGUUGAAGUUGAAAUUACAGUUGGCCCUUUACAAGAUUCAACAACAAAAACAAACACACAGAUCAUUGACGCGUAAAAAAGCUAUUCAAGUUGAUGAAACUACCACUAUCAAGUUUUCUUCAGCAACCUCGCUUAAGUUGCUCAGCCCACCAAAUUCAGCUAAGGCUUCUAGUUUUUCAUCGCCAACACGUAAAUAUCCUCCUGCAGUUGCAAAAGCCAUGUCUUCAUUGCCCACACCACCUCAAGCGCCAGCAACUUAUUUUUCAUCCGUCAACAUUAAUUUAGAAACUAAGGCAAAAUUAUUAGCAUCUGCACAAAGUUACAAAGACUCUUCUACGCGUCCAACAUUAUCCAACAUUGCUCAAAGAAAACAAUCCAACAAAACUAACCAAAAAUUGAGAUUGUUCCAAAUUAAAAAGAAUUCAAUCUUUUAUUCUAAUGAAAACCAAAAUAAAAAGUUGCCUUUAGUUCAAGGCGAACAACAAAUAAAGCCAAAACCAAUACAUGUAUCAUCAUCCUUAGAUAUCCUCAAGCAUAUGCCUUCAACCACAUCACCAAAAAGACAAGCCUCCAUAACCACUGGUGCUUCCUUUAUUCUUCCAUUUGCAGCCGCAGCUGCCGCUGCUGAAUCGGGAGCAAGACAAAAUAAUGCAUCGACUUUACCAUCUAUACUUCUCAACCCACCUUCAAACAUUAGUCAGUCAUUCAAUUCUAAUCAUGCUACUAAUUUACCAUCAAUUAACAAAAUCUUAAGAACUCCAAUAAAGAGAGCCAAUUCGACUCGUCAAUUAUUGAAGCAACAACCUAAUCCUCCACCACAUCCUGCAAGAGCUUCUCGCUUACCUACUGUUACUGAUGAUACUACCAUUGAUGAAGAUAAUGACAUGACGAUAAUUAAUAACACCACCACUUAUAACAACAGCACCGUGGUUGAACAUAACGACACCACCAUUCCUGAAAAGAAUGAGGAUGACGAUGAUGAAGACGACGAUAACGACUUUGAUUCCAGAAAGAAAGAUAUUCUUAGUUCUUCUCCAUUAUCUAAUCCAUUCGGUACCCCCAACAGUUUCAGCGUUGCUAGAUCCUUAUUGCAAUUGGGUGGACACAGAAUGUGAACACCUCAGCUAUAUGUUACAUUUAAGAUUUGACGUUCUUUUCACUUCGUUUCAAAAAGUAUUAUAGAGUCCAUCCUUUAACAUUCUUGUACUAUACUUGUCAUUAUGUCAUUGUCUCUUUUUUUUUUGUUUUCCUUUUUCACUAUUUAGUUUAAUCAUAAUACAUAAUAUUCCUGUUU